AUGCUUAAAUCAACAGCAAGAAAGAGGAAGGCGCCUUCUGCGGGGCCCUCGGGUCUUCAGAGGCGCGUACGCGCGCGAAAGGAGGAGAUCGACUCCGAGAUCGAUGAGAGCUCCAAUCCAUCAGAAAAUGAGGGCUCAGAACAGAGUUCAGGUGAAGAUGAGGAGGACGAAGAGCCCAAAGCCUCACGGUCUUCCAAAUCCAACCUAGACAUGGCUUCCAUCUCAUUCGGCGCCCUCGCGAAAGCCCAAGCAUCUAUGCCCAAGCGCAGCAAGAAGGAGUCUGCAGAAUCAGAAGAAUCAGAGAUCGAUGACUCGGGAAGCGACUCUGGCAAUGAAAGCAAGUACCGCAAGCGUGGCGGUCUCGCUAAGCGAUCGUCAAAACAUGCACCCACUGAGAUGUCCUCGAAACGCCCCGUCUCUCGCAAACGCGAGAUUUUCCAGGUGCCCAAGGUCGAGGCACGCGAUCCCCGCUUCGACCCAGCUGUCAACUCUGGCGGGAGUAACUUUGACGAGGCCAAGGCCAAGAAGGCCUAUGCUUUCCUCGAUGAGUAUCGUGACUCGGAGAUGGCCGAACUCCGAAUGGAGAUUCGCAAGACCAAAGAUGCGGUACAAAAGGAGCGACUACAGACCCUGCUCCAAUCAAUGCAGAACCGAAAGAAGGCGGCAAAGCGCAAGGACGACGAGAAGAGGAUCCUUGAGGAGCACAGGCAGCGGGAGAAGGAUCUUGUCCAGCAGGGCAAACAGCCGUUCUAUCUUAAAAAGUCGGAGCAGAAGAAGAGGUUGCUGACGGAGCAGUUCAAGGGCAUGAAGAAGAAACAGGUCAACAAGGUCAUCGAGCGCAAGAGGAAGAAGGUGGCAGCCAAGGAGAAGAUGGAACUGGACCAGCUGCAAAGACGAUGA